AGCCUUAUGGCAACACUCUUAGCAACCCGGCGCUAGUGAGAUAGAGUUCUGCCGUCUUCUGCAGCUCAAGUUUUAGUAAAUUUUGACGAACUUCGUUGAUAAUUAACAAUGGCUGAACAAGAAUCUGAACUUCUCGACUACGAAGAGGAGGAGGAUGCCGUGGAGGCAGGAGCCGGUGAGGCCGCAGCAGCUGAUGGAGAAGCUGCUCCAGCCAAGAAAGACGUUAAAGGCACCUAUGUGUCAGUCCACUCUUCUGGUUUCAGGGAUUUCUUGCUGAAACCUGAAAUUCUGAAGGCUAUUGUGGAUUGCGGUUUUGAGCAUCCUUCUGAAGUGCAACACGAGUGCAUCCCUCAGGCUGUACUUGGUAUGGACAUCCUUGGUCAGGCCAAGUCUGGUAUGGGCAAGACAGCCGUGUUUGUUCUGGCAACUCUCCAACAGAUUGACCCAGUUGACGGACAGGUAUCAGCUUUGGUCAUGUGCCACACCCGAGAACUUGCAUACCAAAUUGCCAAGGAGUACGAACGUUUCAGCAAGUACAUGAGCAACGUUAAAGUCGGUGUGUUCUUUGGUGGCAUGAACAUCUCAAAGGAUGAAGAGACCCUCAAGAACAACUGCCCUCACAUCGUCGUCGGCACUCCCGGCCGUAUCCUUGCCCUCGUCAGGACCAAGAAGCUCAAUCUAAAGCACCUGAAGCACUUUGUGCUUGACGAGUGCGACAAAAUGCUGGAACAAUUGGACAUGCGUCGUGACGUACAAGAAAUUUUCCGCAACACCCCUCACGAAAAACAAGUGAUGAUGUUCAGCGCCACUCUCAGCAAAGAAGUUCGGGCUGUUUGCAAGAAAUUCAUGCUCGAUCCCAUGGAGGUGUACGUCGACGAUGAGGCUAAGCUUACUCUGCACGGUCUCCAGCAACACUACGUCAAAAUUAAGGAAAAUGAGAAGAACAGGAAGCUUUUCGAGCUCCUCGAUGCUCUGGAGUUCAAUCAGGUGGUGAUCUUCGUUAAGAGUGUCCAGCGCUGCAUGGCUCUUGCUCAGCUCCUCGUGGACCAAAACUUCCCAGCCAUUGCCAUUCACAGGGCCAUGACCCAGGAAGAACGCCUGUCUCGCUAUCAGCAGUUCAAGGACUUCCAAAAGCGUAUAUUGGUUGCCACGAAUCUAUUCGGCCGUGGCAUGGAUAUUGAGCGAGUAAACAUCGUCUUCAACUACGAUAUGCCUGAAGAUUCCGACACAUACCUGCAUCGCGUCGCCCGCGCCGGACGCUUCGGUACAAAAGGCCUGGCCGUGACAUUCGUAAGUGAAGAGAAGGAUGCCAAGACCCUGAAUGAAGUGCAAGAACGGUUUGAUGUGAGCAUCACUGAAUUACCAGACGAGAUGGACUUGUCUUCUUACAUCGAGGGCCGUUAAGCGCUGAAAUGCCACAAGUUUUAUCGUCAGUGUAGAUUCAUUCCACGAUCAUCUUCGUACUAAGUUUUUCGUCAAGCUAAAUUAUGCUUAGCUGCUAUAUUUACUGAGUGGUAGCAACUCAACGUGGCAUUUUUUUAUUCAGACGAGUAACUUCUAAUAAUGAACCUAACAAUUCACUUUCGUAAUUGUGUCCCACGAUUUGUCUUAAUAUACGAGUACCUGUC